CUACGGACCAGUGCUACGGCGUAGCCCGAUGUAGCCACACGGCGCUCCGCGCUACGGACGCUACGAAAGUGCGAAAAGUAUUCGUAGUAUUGGAAAUAAUACAAAAAAAUAAUAAUAGCAAAAACUUGGAAUAAUAUAAGUCGGUUUAAGUUUUAUUAAGUAAAUAAUAAAAAUAUAUAAAGAAGAUAAAAGUGCUUGUGUAUAUUUUGGAGAAGUGAUGAUUUAGAUUUAUGUAAAGUUCUUGAAUUGACAAUGACUGUAGAGUUAUUACAUUUAUUGCAGUAUGAAACAAAGACAGUAAACACAAAAAAUGACAAUUAUUGGGAAAGAAGAAAAGCAGCUUUAAGAACGAAGCGACAUGGACAGCACAAAGCGAGGAGACGAAGACAAAUCGAGCCCGUGUCGUCCGCCACAGACGCGGACGCCACAGACUCCGCACUGGCGCAGCCGUCGCGCAUCUCCGCCGGUGAGAGCGGUACCUUAGAAUGGAGCGGGGCGACCGGUGGGCCUCCAGCAGAGGUGGUUCUGCGACUGCACCCCCCACAGACCACCCUCAGAAGCAACAUCUCCUCCAUGUCCAACUCCAGUGAGACUACCAAUGGCAGCGGUGUAGUUGUCAGAGCGGAAGAAGCCCUCAUAGUAGCGUUCGUCCUCCUGCUGUGGGUGGCGGCCAUCGCGCUGUUUUUCAACCGCUGGGGCAAGAUAAGGUGCGUCUAUAAACUGAUGCUGGAGCCGUAUCAACCCAAGUUCCAACAGCAACAUCGACAGAGCUGCGCUCUGGCGGAGGCCUCGGUGUCCGUGGCACCACAUCACCGUGCGUCUCUGUCGCGUGGGUGCGUGUCGUAUGACUGCGGCGUGGGCUUUCCGGCCUACCAGCCAUGUGGGUACCUUCCUCAUCGUCUUAGACAGAACUCCGUCUUCGUGGGCAGCAUGGGCGGCAUGGCGCUUAUCCCCGAAAGCCCUCCGCGGCGCUCGCGCUCCGUCGCCGACCUCCCUGUCCUCGUACCCCCCUCCGACCCCCCGCACGCCACUCCCCGCUCCUCCCGCGCCGCCAGCCUGCACAGCGCCGUAGACCUCAGGAUCUGCGUGCCUUCCCCCCGAGCAUCCAGGGCAGCAAGCCUGCAUUCCUCCGUCGACAUGCCGGGGUCCGUCCAAGUACACAUUAGAGGGUCUGGGGGUAACCUGAACAAGCCCAGGAGUCCAAGAAGGUUGACUAUAACUAAUGUGUGAGAUCAGCCCGUUCUGCAGUCCGAGAGGUAUUAAGCUGGUCGAACUGAUUUAAGAGGGAAUCUUUAUCAGUUUGGUCAGUUCAUGGAGUGAAGUUUAUUUCUUUUGACUGGUUUCGCAGUGUACCUGUAAUUAAUGUCACUGUCAUAGGAGCUACUCUUUUGAAAUAAAUUAAAAGCUAAAAUAUAAUAUCAACUGGUAGGUAAGAAUGUAUUGUAUUUUCUGAAAUCAGUCAAAAAGUCUGUCACAAAAAUUGCAAUUGUCUUCAAUUUCCAACUCUCGGAUUGUAGAGCCGUCUACCAAAGACAUUUAUAUAUCAGUAAUGUAUAACUUGCUCAUGUUUCUAUCCUAAUACGUCGGUAGCAAAAAAACAUAUAAUCUUCCUCUGGGGAAGAAAUCGUUGUUUCGAGACGCUAAUGCAACAAUGAACUCAUACGCCACACACAUGUAACCGCCACACAUAUUGUAUAAAAAGUUGCUCAAUGUGAUUUUACAAUAUACUUAAUUCCAAAGUGUCAAAAACAGACAUUGGUAUAAAAAUAAACUCAAAAUGUAUGGUGUUAAAAUACAGAAAACAUGCAUAUUAUUUUAUAACUUUAUUGUCUUUUUAAGAAGGAACAAUUAAUCAAGAAUUAAUUAAAAAUAUUUAUUAUUUAAUUAUACCUACUUUAAAUAUUUUGUGAUUUAAAAUAUUUAAAUUUAUUUAUUCGUGACGUAACGUUAUGUGCAAUUGUUUUGAUCAUUCUAAUAUAACCCUUUAAGUAGCAUAAUUAUAUAUGUGGCUUUCGAUCACUGAAACGUCCUUAUGCUUUAAGUGCAAUAAGGACGCUUCCAACUGAAAUUCCAAUAGAAAUUCUGAUAAAAAGGCCCUUAUUGCAGAUGAAGCAUAACCCUUCUCUGAUAGAAAGCCACAUAUUAUUAUAUCUCUAUGAUCAAAGUACCAAUUAAUCUUAAAAUUGUAUUAGCUAUCCUCUUUCAACGUUUCCAGUAGAGUAGUGUCUUAUCUCUUUCUCUUCAUAUCUGUGCUCGUGUGUAAGGUCUCUUAGUGCGUUGGACGCAAAUCAUUAGUCGUGUGGUGCUAUUAUAAGAAAAGAAAAAUGUAUACUUUUUUUAUGUAACAGAAAGUAUCCUAAAUCAAUAAAAAUAAAAUAUCCCUAAACCUACUACAAUAAAAAAUCACCCCUCGGCAAGGUGCCGUAGACGCUGGCAGCAUUACCUCACUGAAUUGCAAUGCUAAUGCACUGUGCGAGGACGCUGCCCCAAUAGUUUUUGGCGUACGCCAAUCUACGGUUGCUCAACUGUUGGUCUGUUGAAACAAUGCCUAAUUUUUGACCAUGAGGUGAAGAUGGUAUGGUCUGCCACCGUGUUUGCCACGUACCUACCUAAAGGGGCCCACAGAUUAGAGUCUGUGCGGAAAGAGAAGAGUCGUGGCAGAAACGGGAACUAACAUUUUAAAUUUUAUAUGGCAAUCAAACAUUUGACACCUGUCUUGUAAAAAGUAAACAAACUCCUGUCAUUGUAUAUUUUUAUUAACAAAAACCGCAAGUUUUAUGUAUAUAAUAUUUUCAAAACACGAUAAAACCGUACAUAAAACCACAAAGAAAAUUAUAUUUAACAUUGUUCGGUUUUGUCAGCGGGAAGAAAACGGCUAAAAGCCGACUAUCGACUUACAAAAAGUCGCGGAACGUGUUUCCGCUAUUCGCGGGUAUUGAUGUUGUAUUUAAUAUUAAAUAAUUACCUAUUUAAUAAGCCCCCUAAGUAACUUGUCUCCGGUACAUAAUUGGUAAGUAUAUUCAUUCAAAAUAUAUAAAUUUUCAUAUAUAUGCAGGCCAUUCAUGAUCUUUAAAAUAACUGACAAAUAGUCUUGAUACUUGCUAUUUUAUGCAUAUUAUAUGUAAUUUCUUUUUCAGGAUUGUGUAAAAGUACCUACGGUAUCUCGAAUAAAAGACCGCUAAGUAGGUGAUAUGCAAGAAUUCGUAAUCUACGUGCCGGAUUCAAGCACAUCCAGUGCAGAUGAAGAUAGUUCUAUGAGUGUCCCUGGCCCUGGUUGUUCUGAAGCUAGCUCAAACAUAAGUGACAUUGAAUAUUUUAAUUCAGACUUCGAUUACAAAGAAUAAAACUUUUUCUAAUAAAAUAUUUCUUUAUUUGUAAGUUCGUUUACUAGGUUCUGAAUAAAACUUUUUCUAAUAAAAUAUUUCUUUAUUUGUAAGUUCGUUUACUAGGUUCUGAAUAAAACUUUUUUCUAAUAAAAUAUUUCUUAAUUUGUAGGUUCUGUUAGUUACGAAAUUAUAUUUCAUAUUUAGCAGUGACUUUUCGGCGAAGUAAAAUAUCGUGAGAUGAGAGAACCGGACAUAUCCCAAUAAGGCCUACCUACUUAUGCACUAUUUUUAUUCAUAUUCAUAUUUAUUAUUAAUAAUGUACACAUACAUUACAACUCAAGUUUACAAUGGGUGAAAUAUAUAUCCCAGAUAAAAUUACAGUUCUAUUGCCCAAUUUCUACUCGAUCUACUCGGUUUUAAUAACUGUUGGACUGCACAGAUUAGGCAGUACAUAAAUGAGACUCUAUCUUGUUUGGUACUAAAAUUACAGUUGUAUUGGGCAGAUUCUUAACUAGUUUUAGCAGUUUUGUCAAUCGCACUGUCACUUUUUAGUAUCUGAGACAUAAAAACAAGUGUGUUUUAAAAAGAAAACUAGUGCCUGCGCUAAAUCAGAGGAUUGAGUUGACGAGCCGACACCACCACCAGGCUCCGUUUAGUAAGCCGUGGUAAAAAACCGGAACAAAAGGGAUUCAAGUAUCAUGACGUUUAGUGUCGUACUAUAAUCACGUGACCAGUGUUGUCAGCAUAGCAAAAACUAUAAAAUAGCACUGGCGCGCCCUCAAAUCCCACGACUCUUCUCUUUCCGCACAGACUCUACCAGUUCGCCGGACGAUAUCAGC